GAGUAAUAAAAAAAUCCCUCAUUUCUGUCCGGCCAAUUGAGUAACAGUGACCCAUCUCUGUUCUCUCCUCCCUGGAUUCUACCGCGAAUCCAGUACCCUCUCUCCUCCCAUAUUCGAACGCCACUGUCACCGAUUAGUCUAUGGCUUCUCUCUGGCGGGCCGCGACAACGGCCCUAACCCAAACCCAAACGAACCACACAGACUACGACGGAGUGGAGUUCUGGUCCAAUCCAGAGCGAACUGGCUGGCUAACUAAGCAAGGCGAGUACAUUAAAACCUGGAGACGCCGCUGGUUUGUUCUAAAACAAGGUAAGCUCUUCUGGUUCAAGGAAUCCACAGUCACUCGCGCGUCGAAGCCACGAGGUGUUAUCCCGGUGGCUACGUGCCUAACAGUGAAGGGAGCGGAGGACGUGCUAAACAAACAAUAUGCUUUCGAGCUGUCGACGAGGACCGAGACGAUGUACUUCAUCGCCGAUUCGGAGAAAGAGAAGGAGGACUGGAUCAAUUCGAUCGGACGGUCCAUAGUGCAGCACUCGAGAUCUGUCACGGAUUCUGAGAUCGUUGAUUACGAUAGCAAGCGAUAAUGAUAGGUGAGCUCUUGAUAUGAUCUAAGAAAUCUGUAAUUGAUCUGAUCACGCUUUAUAAUUUUGUGAAAUUUUUGUAAUUGCUCUCUUCUUGUUUGUGUUUUUGUAGUAUAUUUUUGGAAUAUCAGUGAAUAAUCUCUUGUUUUGGCAACUUAUCAGAUCUUCUUGAUCGAUUAAUUGUUUGUGGUUUUGAUUUUUAGAUUACUGGAUAAGGAAAUGAGCCAGAACCUAAAUAUAUGAGCUUUCGUUUUUA